AUGUUUCAGAACUUUUCUUUUGACUUGAUGUAUGCAAAACGAGCAUUCGACGACAGAAAAGUUCUGAAACGUCGGAUUCUGAAACGUCGGGUUCUGAACUGUCGGGUUCUGAAACGUCGUGGUUCCGAAACGUCGGGUUCUGAAACGUCCAGGAGCCGAGACCUUCUAUUAGAGGACAUACGGUAUUUUGUUUUCAGGCUUCUCCUUUUGAAUACCAGUAUUAGUGAAACUUUUCUCAUCAUCUUCUCCUUCUUACUGCAGAUGAGAAUAAUAAGCGCUGGUGAAUCAGUGGCUCUCCUACCAUACGGACCGCUUCGUAGUGCUUCUCUAGAAGUUUCUUUCAUAUCCUAUAACAUUUACAACCUAUUUCUUUGCACUACAAACUUAUCAAUUCUACUGGCAAUGUACUUUAGAUACUCUUUGAUUUGUCAUGGAAAAGCUGAAGGCAUGCCAGUGAUGAGGAACUUUGGAUUGACCUGGAUUUUAUCUGUUGGGAUGUUGGUUGUUAUUAUAAUACCACCUUACGAUUUUUCUACCGUAGUCCUUAACACGGAAAAAUCAUAUCCUGAAUACAAGCUUCUUGAAACAUAUGGAGAAUUCGGUGGAUUCAAAUCGACAACUAGACUCGUUUAUGUUGUAAAUACUACAAUUCUAAUGGGAAUCCCAUAUCUAAUUCCUGUAUUUAUUCUAGUAUUUAGGCAUAAAAUAUUCAAACAGAUCAAUGAAGUUCAGACUCAUUUAAGUGAUCGGACCAAGAAGGCUUCUUUGGAUUUGGUUAGGGCUCUCACAAUGCAAGCAAUGUUUCCAAUGAUUUGCUUGAUUCCCAAUGUUGCAUAUUUUGUUUUAUCACAGAGCAUUCACAAUCCCUUCAUAAUUGCCGAAUUUAUUCCAUUUCCGACCUGUAUUAUUCCGUGCCUCAUUGAUCCGAUUCUUACCAUUUACUACGUGGCACCGUAUCGAAGUUUUGUAACGAGACGACGACGAAGUGUAGCUGCCGCACUCACCGUCUCAGUUGCUCCAUCUUCCACAAGAACUAUUUGA